GGAGUAUUCAUGACUGCAAUCUUUUUUAUUUGAUUGGAAAUGGCUGAUGGCCUCCAUAAACCCGCCGGAUAUCUACUCAAUAGGUCCAUUCUAAAUGUACUGAUAGUACUGGAACUGACAUCUCACUAGAAAGAAGGGUUCUAUCAACAGUCCAGAGUGCUAUGAUAUCUGAUUCUGAUCUGGAUUGAAAAGCUAAUAACCACGGCGUAGUUCGACGAGUAACCUGGGGACUGGGAAAGGAUCUCACAUAAUUGAGUGUCUCGAACGGUCGAGCCAGCCACCGCGUCAUCCACAGACGAUGUAUAGAACGUGCAUCCAUGCAAUAUAAGGUCUAUAAUUUCCUACCCUCAAGUACAGCAUGAGAGAGCAACAUGAUAGUCCUGAAGCUCAAUUUCAAUCUCAGCAUCCCCCUCUCCACCCUCCUCCUCCUCAUCCUCCUCCCCACCCCCACCCACACCGCAGACUGCACCGAAGCCGAAAUCUCCCAAUGGUCCACAACAAGCUGCACCUGCCACGACCCAAACACAUUCACCAUCUGCCCCCACACCUGCCCCCUCGGCCCAGCCAGCGCCCAAUGCGCCCCCAACCCCAACACCCACCUCCAACAAUGCCACGUCGGCUGCACAGACGCCAACAAAGACUGCACCACCUGCGAUCUCUACUUCGGCGGCAUGUGCCGCUGCACGCGCUCCCAAAACUGCUUCCACGACGCCUCCACAGACCCCUGGACGCUCCUCCACGACCACAAGCUCAUCACCACCUCGCACCACACACCCGGCAUCCUCGACCUCCACGGCGACAACAGAGGCUGGGAACUAGGCCAGAUAGUCUUCGCCACGGGCACGGUGUCGAGCCGCGCUGACGGCGCGCUCGCCAUGAACUCUGUGCAUUCUCGCUCCGAGGAGCAGGUGCAUAUCCAUGUUUGUGACCGCCCGGUUAGUGUGUUCCGGACGUAUCUGAAUGGGAUUGCUUCGCCGGCUGCGUAUACGCAGGGCUUGACGCCGAUGGAUUUCGAUCAGUUGGGGUUCCAGAAGCAUAGUGUGCUUUGUCGGGCGCAGAAGACGGGGUUGUCGUCUGCGGCGCCGUGUGCUUGGUAUUAUGUUGGGGCGGGCUUGAUUACCGACCAGAAGGGGUAUACGUGGGGGUGUGUUACCACGACGGGGUCGGCGGAGUUUUUGUUCUGUAUGAAUUAGUUUGCUCGUGAGUUGUAUGGCAAGAGGCACUAGCCACGUGGGUAGGUGUGAGUGAAUGAGUGUAAGUGUAGUAUGGAAAGCAUGUAUACGCCACAUGAGUCUAUCUUAAAAGCAAUCAUGAAUAAC